AGUGCUUCUUGGUUUGUGCGCUCAUCUUCACAAUGUUUGCAAUUACCAUCCGACGUAGCUUCGUCAAUAACAUCCUCAAAACUAGAAAUCUUAGUACACUUGCCCAAGAUGUUCGGUCAGACUCGACCUUCCGUAUACCUCUAAUCGACUUUUCAAACUUUCGAAAUGCAAAGUCAUACGGUGAAAAGCGUCGCGUUGCCGAUGAAGUUGUCAACGGAUUCAAAGAGGUUGGAUUUGUCUACUUGACAGGGCAUGGCAUUCCCAAGGAGACUAUAGAUCAGGCAUUUUCUCAGAGUGCAGCACUCUUUCGUCUCCCUGCCCAAACGAAGGAAACAAUCGCCUGGGACGACCCCCGUGCAAACCGUGGCUAUGUCAAAAUUGGCCGCGAGCGAGUAACCCAGUCUGCUGAUGCGGAGGAAAUCGCAGCUCUCCGUGCUCAAGCACCUGAUUUCAAGGAGACUAUGGAAAUUGGCCGUGACUGGGAUCCUGUAUGGAAGAAUAAAUGGUCACAGGAAAAGAGUGUUCCAGGAUUCAAGCAAACUAUGCUCAGCUUCUUCCAGACGUGCCACGAGCUUCAUAGCAUCGUGAUGAGAUCUGUAGCUCUUGGCCUCAACCUUGAUGAAAAUUUCUUUGAUGAUAAGAUCGAUGAACAGUGUCAUAAUCUCAGACUUUUAUCUUAUCCUGCCGUCCAGCGCUCCCUUCUUAGCAAAGAAGGUCAAGCUCGGGCGGGGGCGCACUCAGAUUACGGCACUCUGACUUUACUCUUUCAAGACUCAGUGGGUGGUUUGGAGGUACAAAACCCUCAUACAAAGCACUUUCAGCCAGCAACUCCUAUACCCGGAACGAUCGUAAUUAACGCAGGAGAUCUCUUGGCCCGGUGGAGCAAUGAUGUCUUCCGCUCAACGCUGCACCGUGUCGUUGCACCUGCAGCUCAGAAGAUCAGCAAUACUGAGAGUAUGACGCCCUCUCGCCAAUCCAUAGCGUUCUUCUGCAAUCCCAAUUUCGACACCAACAUCGAGUGUUUACCGACGUGCACCGAUGCUCUCAGACCAAGCAAAUACGACCCAGUCACGACAGAACAGUAUAUUGUUGGAAGGCUGGCUGCUACUUAUUCUUGAACUCUGUUACGGGAUGUAUUAGAUUCUCAAUGAACGAAUGUAUCCUUGGCAUAUAUCCUGUGCAUACAGUUUCUCAAAAUAUAAGAUAGCUUAUUUCAGU